AUGGUAUCUUCAAACAUCGACUCGGCUUCGCAGUCACAGGCACAGACUAUACAGCACCAACCCUCGGCGAAUCGACGUUACCAGUGCCCAACAUGCUUCAAAUCCUUCAAGAGAAGAGAGCAUCAACUGCGGCACGUGAGAAGUCAUACGCAAGAAAAACCCUAUGCGUGCAAGUACUGUCCGAGUCGUUUCGGUAGGAAAGAUCUCGUCACAAGACACCAGAAAACUCUACAUGCAGACCAAUACAAGGAGAGCGAAGUUCUCGCAAAUGUCGAAACAACUCCAACGCAGGAUCAUCUUCUACCGGAGCAGCAUCCGCUCGCCAACCCGGCUGCCAACGAGACGAAUGGCAUCCCUGACAUGGCUCUCGACCCCAGCAUGUGGGCUAUAGAUCCAUCGCUUUCGCAAGCAGCUGCGAACGAUUCUCCCUACUUUGUCAAUCAUCAGCAGACACAUUCUGUUCCUGGGCAUCAUUCAGAGAUGCAAAACUCAGAUUUGCCCGUUCCCGAUGGCGGCGAGGGCUUCUCGGCGGGAUACCCUGACGAGUAUGGCGCACAAAUGCAGGCCCGAGGAUCACAUGAGAGCAGUCAGUUUGGAUGA